AUGGACAUUCCAAUCACCGUGUAUGCCUUGUUUGGGGUUGCUGCUUUAGGGCUGUUUUAUGCACUGAAUCUUGGAAAGCGAGACUCGCGAAUGCCACCUGGGCCACCAACCAUUCCUAUUCUUGGCAAUGCACAUCAGAUACCAUCCACAGGUCUCUACAAGCAAUUUCGCGAAUGGUCCAAACAGUACGGUUCUGUCUUUACUCUGAAGCUAGGAUCAGCCAACGUCGUUGUUCUUUGCGAUCGAAAAGCAAUUCAUAAGCUUCUGGUUGAGAAAGGAUCCAUAUACUCUGACCGACCUGGAAGUUAUGUUGGUAAACUACUCACAAAAGGGGAUCAUCUUGCCCUUGAGCAGAUGGCACCAAUCUGGCGAGAGAAGCGCAAGAUCAUCUCCCACAACUUUUCACCGAACCAAUUGGACCAAAAGCAUUUUAAAGUCCAAGAAGCAGAAGCAACUGUUCUUAUGAACAAUCUCCUGGAUUCCCCCGAAGGAUUCUAUGAUCACAUCCGACGGUACACGGCUUCAGUGGCCUCGUCGCUGACGUACGGAUAUCGGGCGGCCACGUUUGAAUCGUUCUGGGCAUACGGUGUAUACGAUGUGAUGGGAAAAUGGACGGCUGCAAUGGAACCAGGCGCGAAUCCACCCAUCGACGAGUUCCCAUUCCUUCAAUACCUGCCCGCAUGGUCUGCUUUCUGGAAGCGUCGAGCUAUCGAUGCUGGGAAAACAAUGGAUAAAGUCUGGACAACAGCUCGGCAGCGAGUUGAGGCGCGGAGAGCAACAGGUGUGCGCAGAAAUUGCAUCAUCGAUAAUCUCCUGGAUCAAUAUGAGAAGUUGGGAUGGCCGUUGUCGCAGCAUGGUUUUAAUAACUUGAUGGGUGAACUCAUCGAAGGGGGUGCCGACACGACAGCAGCGCAACUUCUGACCUUGAUACUUGCUUUUGCGUUGUAUCCAGACGUACAGAAAAAAGCGCGUGCUGAGAUCGAUGCUGUUUGCGGAACUGAGCGAUCACCGGUCUGGUCUGACUUUGCGCAAAUACCUUACGUUAAUUGCAUCGUCAAGGAAGGCAUGAGAUGGCGCCCUGUUGCUGUGACGGCAUUGCCCCACCGAGUCCGAGAAGAUGAUAUCUACGAAGGCAUGCUCAUCCCCAAAGAUACCACCCUUUUCAUCCCAACUUGGGCCCUCCACCACAGUGACAGUAUCUACCCCGACGCCGAAUCCUUCAAUCCCGACCGCUAUCUCGGGCAUGACAAACUUGCAAGUGACUACGCCGGUAACGCAGAUUGGGCCAACAGAGACCACUACAACUACGGCGCUGGGCGGCGGAUUUGCCCUGGCAUCCACCUCGCAGAGCGCAACAUGUGGCGCAUUGCUGCGAAGCUUGUUUGGGCAUUUGAGUUCGCGGAGCCGGUGGAUGCAACAACCGGGAAGGUCCGCCAUUUGGAUCCGUUGGCAUACAAUCCUGGGAUCCUGCAAGCACCAUUGCCGUUUGAGGUGCAGAUCAAGCCGAGGAGUGCUGAGCAUGUAAAGAUAAUCAAGAGUGAACUGAGUGCCGCAUUGGAGUUUCUGCGGCAAUACGAUGAAUGA